UGUAGUAAACCACCAAAAUGGCGGCGCACUAAGUGGUCAGAUGUAAUGUUAUCGCCAUUGGCAAAGAAUCUAUAAUUAUAAUUUGUUACUCGAUUUGGAGGAGUUUUUAGGUCUAUAAAAUGGCUUUGUUCACUGAUGUGCGUCGUAGUGUUCGCAUUCUCUUAACUCAAUGUCAGAGAUCUACAGCAGCAGCAUGGAUUCACUGCCAGUCGUAUCGGAGGUUUACUCAGAGAGCACUUAAGCCAGAGCCAGUGGUUAGCGAUAAUGAAGCCAUCAAUAAAACAUUUGUCAACCGAAACCCAAGAAACUUGGAACAGAUGGCCCUUGCAGUGAAGGAUCGAGGCUGGGCCACAGUCUGGCCCUCUAGACAGUAUUAUCACAGGUUGGUGUUCAGGCGCUCACAGCAACACGUCACGGCUGAGGUGUUCUCCAGUGACUCGACAGUCCCUGUGCUCUCUUGCUCCACUAAAGAGUGGGCAGUGAAGCGUCAGCUGGGCUCCACGCGCUCUGUAGCAGCUUGUCGUGCUGUAGGUGAGGUGCUUGCCCAGAGGUGUCUUGAAGCAGGCAUCAUAAGGAUUGUUUAUCGAGAGGUGCCAUGGACGUUUCGGUCAGAGGCGGUAAAUCAGUACAAUUCAGCUUUUCAUUUUUUUGAUAUAUUUGACCUUAAUUAUGGUGUAAAUUCUUUGUCUAUUUUUUUCACCUCCAUUGCAGAGUCAGACGUUCUGGACAGCCAUGAAAGAGGGUGGCGUUACACUUAAUGAACCAAGGCGAAAAUUCAUUUAAAUGUUUUUUUACAGUCCUAAAAUGUCAUAAUUCUCUGUAAAUAUAACUGUUCUCAUAUUUAAAUGGUGUGGUCAUUGAGUCUGUUACAGAAUGGUGAAGCUAAAUAUUUUCCACUAUUUUUUAGCAAUUUCAUCAUUGCAGGUCAGUUAAUUCAUUCUAUACAAAAUGAUUUUGUACAUCGAGAACAAUUCGAUUUACUUUAAUAGUGAGUCAGUUCAGUUUUAAAAUGCUUUUAUAGGAUUCUUAAAAUUGUUCACUUGAUUCAUGUUAGGCAAGAAAACACAUGACAUUCUACUUCAGAUGGUUUAUUACAAUAAAAGUAACGUACAUAUCCUGACCAUAUAGGAUACUUUUAUUACAAAAUUUAAAAUGCAAUGUGCAGCUAUUUUAAAGGGAUACUUUACCAAAAAAUGAAAAUUCUGUCAUCAUUUACUCACCUCCGAGUUGUUCCAAAUGUGUAUAAAUUUCUCUGUUCUGAUGAACACAGAAAGAUACAGUAUUUAGAAUAAUGCUUAACCAAACAAAUCUCAACACCCAUUGACUACCAUAGUAGGGAAAAAAACAAUGGUAGUCAAAAGUGCCCCAGAACUGUUUGCUGUCCUAAAUUCUUCAAAAUGUCUUCUUUUGUGUUCAACAGAACAGAACAAAAAAAGAUCAAGUAUUUUCCUACUAUGGGAGUCAAUGGGUGUUGAGAUCUGUUUGGUUACAAGCAUUCUUCCAAAUAUCUUUCUCUGUGUUCAUCAGAACAAAGACAUUUAUACACAUUUGGAACAACUCGAAGGUUAGUAAAUGAUGACAGAAUUUUCACUUUUGGGUGAAGUAUCACUUUAAUGCAAAUUAUUUGUUGCUUAGAAAUUGUAAUUGGUUGUAGGUGUUAGACAGCCUCAAGAAGCUACUUUGAUAAAGUUAUAUCCCAAAAAGGUUCAUUUUCGCUGAGUAGUGGAUGAAACGGACAAGACAGUCAAGCAGGAAUGAGUGACAGAGACAUGAAAGCGGUGCACCACAUACCACUCUUGAGAACAUUAAAAUACAUGUUUUUAAAAUAAAUCUAAACUAAAACACUGUAUACUUUG